AGCUGCUCCACUCGAAUUUCUUUUCCAUGACGCAAUAGCUGCAUUGAGGCUAUGGUUGUGCAGCAGCUCAACAGUGCCGAAGAGUUCAACAAAUUCCUGCUCGACUGGAAACUUGCUGUAGUGCAUUUCUAUGCAUCAUGGGCGCCACCAUGCGAACAAGUUAAUAAAGUUCUCAAAGACCUUCAGGACGAUUACAAAUCGUACCCUGUUGGAUUCGCUUUCAUAGAUGCUGAAGGUGUGCCCGAUGUCUCUGCCAAACACUCCAUUGCUGCUGCACCUACACUGAUAUAUUUCAAGGGAGGUAAAGAAGUGGAUCGUGUCAAUGGUUACAAACCUAGUGAAAUUGAAUCAAAGCUGACUCAGCAUUCAUUUGACAUUGCAAGUAGUGGACAGGCAACAAAUGAAGCGACUAAAACGGCUAAAAAAGAGGAUUUGGAGACACGAUUAAAAAAACUAAUUGGGAUGCAUAGGCUCAUGCUCUUCAUGAAAGGCACUCCAGAUGCGCCUCGAUGUGUGCUCGAGGUCUUUCACUGUAAUCGAUGGGCACAGACAGUGGCCAUUGAUUUCACCCAUUUCGACGCCAAAAGUGGGAAAACAAACGAGUUCACAGCUCUAAUGCCCCCUAACGUACCAGUCCAAUGGGAAAGCUUUUCUCUCACACUCAGCUCUGUGAGUAUGGCUCCAAUACCUCUGCUCCAGUCUUCAUUCAUAUCGAAUGGCAAUAACACAGCUCUCUGGGAUAAUCAAUUAAAGCCCGCUCUACGCUGUCCCACAAGUAAAGCGGCAAGAACACUACGGUGUGAAAUAUUUGAGCAGUGUACGUGUAAUCCCGCCGAAACGAAGGCCAAUUGCAAUUGCCUGAAUGUGCCGAUACUGAAGCAGUUCGAGGAUUUGCAACGACGAAUGCCCGUAAUUUUACCAUCAAUAACAUUUGAGGAAUCAAUCCAUGGCGUCAAGGCAAUCGUUCAGAAUAUGCUUUCGACAGAAAUAAUCGUAACCCUUCAAGAAGAUCUACGCACUAACCUCGUCGUAGACAACGACAUAUGUACGGUGGAGAACACACAAUUGAUAGGAUGCUAUAAUUGCGAAAAGGGAGCCUACGCAAAAAUCAAGUGUUUCGCCUCUAGGUCAAGCAAAGCAGAGAUCAUAUGUGAAGGAACAAGUUUCACGGCUCCGUGCGGCAAACAGGGAAUUGAGUCAGUCAUGAGAAUUAGUCCUACUCAAGCGAUGGUCCGCAUGAAGUGUUCGGUCUCAUGCGGAGAGGUGGUUACCACGUUUGAAGUCGGAGGAAUCCUCAAAUAUACAGCAACUUUCGAAACAAUGCUGUACAAGUGGCUUACGAGCAACAGCAAAAGCGCUCCAGCGGAAAUCCAGUGGCCCGACUUCUAUCAUCUAUUUGACGUAUUCAGCCAAUGGUAUAAAACGGUACUCAUAGCAGGAAUCACACUCAUCGCUAUGUUAGGAAUUACCUAUGCGCUAAUUUCGACUUGCGGACUCAGAUGCGUCGUCAUUCUAGCAAAGCUGAUGACCAAACCGAUACGAACAUUCUACAAACUAGCGUGGAGACUCAGCGCCGCUGAACUCGACGGAGAAACAACAUUCUUAAAGACGAUCCUGAGAAUAGCAAGCCCACAAGCGGAAUUCCUGGAACCCCAACUCCAAGCCAUCCUGAAAUCGCUACACAAUCAAAAGAAAGUAGCGACGACGCAGAGAACACAAUGGACGUCAUUGAUGGGCGAAGCAAAUUUUUUGCAAUCAUCCACAAACGAACAACUUAUGGUGACCAACAGAUGCCUACGAAGCGCGACGCAGACCAAGGAAAAGAUACUACGACUCGGGACAUGGUACAUCCUCACGGAUAGGAUCUAUGACCGACAAGUACAGGCUAAUCUCAUACCGAGAGGGCGGCGAUUCCAGUGGCUGGAAAAAGGAAAGAAACAAGAGUACGAUGUCAAUGCAGAAUCAGUGCUCAAAAUGGUUCAAAGCCUAAUGAGCUUCACGAAAACGAGCAUAAGCAUGAUGGAAGAUCAUCUAAACAAAGUCGAGAGGCAAGUGAAUGAGAGCGAGGAAGCAAAGCUUGCAGUUCAAUGUAAACAACUGAAGGAACGCAUCCAGGAAAUAGAACUCGACUGGGCAGAUCAAGUGGAGCGACUCGAAAGAGAAAACAGAGCACUAAAGGAGAAGAUCCAAGAACAAUACGAAGAUAGGCAAAUGGACUGGAGUGCUGAAGUUGAAGAAACAACCGACGGCAGUCGAGCUGAGAACAAGGAACAAGGAAAAGAAAAAGGACCAGAGCAAAAUGAUGACGCAAUGGAUUGGACGGCUCCAACCGAGGAAAUAGCAAUAAUCGAUCAAGCCGAUGACGAUAAAACAAAGGAUGAUGACUAUGAAGAUGACAAAUCAGAAGAAAAUAUGAUGGAAACAACAUUUUCUACGAUCGAAAAGUUGAUGGACCAGGAGGAUAGCAGCGAAAGACAAAGAGAUUACCAUAAAAUGGCGAUGCGACUAGGUACAUCUAAGCGCUUACUCACACGCUACACGAAGAAAUUGGAAGCAGUCAUCACACAUCUUAAGAAUGAAAGGUUGGAAACGCGCACGGCAACUUCACAAGAAGGCGAAGUACUUAGGGACAGCUUACGACAACUCAACGAAGGAAUAGGUGCAAUAACAGCGUUUACGGAGAAAAUUGAAAAACUCUUGAUGGACUAUGCCACAGAUGUCUCAAGCUUGCAAGACUUGGACGAACAAGAAGUAACCAGCUUCGAGGAGUAUUCCGCAAAGGCGGAAGAAACUCUUGCCUCCGCAUUUGACUACUUAGUACUCUUACAGUCACGCAGACAGGCAUACACGGUAUGCACGUCUCGUGCAGGGGAAGCAAGUAACACGACACUGGAAGCUGCGGAAGGAACUACCCCGGUACAACCAAGGCCAGUCAACCUUCUCGUACCACUGGAACUAGAAGAGUACCAGUCUGAAAACACAAACGAAGCAGAUGCGGGUGGUAGUGAAAUCACACCUACUACGAAGGAAACAACUACGCAUCCGUACAACCUUCGUCCAAAUCGUAAGAAAAACUACGCCGAGAACAUCUUGAACACAUCAAUACUACUUGUCACCAUGUUGGGACUACUAAUCACGAAUGAUGGAGUGAGGGGACAGAAAGUACGAGACCAAGUAGCGAAAAUCACCAGAUUCAUAAAAUGCAUCCCGGGUGGAGUACAACUCGUUUCUGAAGUACAAGUGCCUUAUCAAUCUUCAUUCAUAUCGAAUGGCAAUAACACAGCUCUCUGGGAUAAUCAAUUAAAGCCCGCUCUACGCUGUCCCACAAGUAAAGCGGCAAGAACACUACGGUGUGAAAUAUUUGAGCAGUGUACGUGUAAUCCCGCCGAAACGAAGGCCAAUUGCAAUUGCCUGAAUGUGCCGAUACUGAAGCAGUUCGAGGAUUUGCAACGACGAAUGCCCGUAAUUUUACCAUCAAUAACAUUUGAGGAAUCAAUCCAUGGCGUCAAGGCAAUCGUUCAGAAUAUGCUUUCGACAGAAAUAAUCGUAACCCUUCAAGAAGAUCUACGCACUAACCUCGUCGUAGACAACGACAUAUGUACGGUGGAGAACACACAAUUGAUAGGAUGCUAUAAUUGCGAAAAGGGAGCCUACGCAAAAAUCAAGUGUUUCGCCUCUAGGUCAAGCAAAGCAGAGAUCAUAUGUGAAGGAACAAGUUUCACGGCUCCGUGCGGCAAACAGGGAAUUGAGUCAGUCAUGAGAAUUAGUCCUACUCAAGCGAUGGUCCGCAUGAAGUGUUCGGUCUCAUGCGGAGAGGUGGUUACCACGUUUGAAGUCGGAGGAAUCCUCAAAUAUACAGCAACUUUCGAAACAAUGCUGUACAAGUGGCUUACGAGCAACAGCAAAAGCGCUCCAGCGGAAAUCCAGUGGCCCGACUUCUAUCAUCUAUUUGACGUAUUCAGCCAAUGGUAUAAAACGGUACUCAUAGCAGGAAUCACACUCAUCGCUAUGUUAGGAAUUACCUAUGCGCUAAUUUCGACUUGCGGACUCAGAUGCGUCGUCAUUCUAGCAAAGCUGAUGACCAAACCGAUACGAACAUUCUACAAACUAGCGUGGAGACUCAGCGCCGCUGAACUCGACGGAGAAACAACAUUCUUAAAGACGAUCCUGAGAAUAGCAAGCCCACAAGCGGAAUUCCUGGAACCCCAACUCCAAGCCAUCCUGAAAUCGCUACACAAUCAAAAGAAAGUAGCGACGACGCAGAGAACACAAUGGACGUCAUUGAUGGGCGAAGCAAAUUUUUUGCAAUCAUCCACAAACGAACAACUUAUGGUGACCAACAGAUGCCUACGAAGCGCGACGCAGACCAAGGAAAAGAUACUACGACUCGGGACAUGGUACAUCCUCACGGAUAGGAUCUAUGACCGACAAGUACAGGCUAAUCUCAUACCGAGAGGGCGGCGAUUCCAGUGGCUGGAAAAAGGAAAGAAACAAGAGUACGAUGUCAAUGCAGAAUCAGUGCUCAAAAUGGUUCAAAGCCUAAUGAGCUUCACGAAAACGAGCAUAAGCAUGAUGGAAGAUCAUCUAAACAAAGUCGAGAGGCAAGUGAAUGAGAGCGAGGAAGCAAAGCUUGCAGUUCAAUGUAAACAACUGAAGGAACGCAUCCAGGAAAUAGAACUCGACUGGGCAGAUCAAGUGGAGCGACUCGAAAGAGAAAACAGAGCACUAAAGGAGAAGAUCCAAGAACAAUACGAAGAUAGGCAAAUGGACUGGAGUGCUGAAGUUGAAGAAACAACCGACGGCAGUCGAGCUGAGAACAAGGAACAAGGAAAAGAAAAAGGACCAGAGCAAAAUGAUGACGCAAUGGAUUGGACGGCUCCAACCGAGGAAAUAGCAAUAAUCGAUCAAGCCGAUGACGAUAAAACAAAGGAUGAUGACUAUGAAGAUGACAAAUCAGAAGAAAAUAUGAUGGAAACAACAUUUUCUACGAUCGAAAAGUUGAUGGACCAGGAGGAUAGCAGCGAAAGACAAAGAGAUUACCAUUUACCGAUGUCUGCUCAACAAGUUAACAAUGGAUCAGAAGCCGGCUCCGAAUGGAGCUUGGUAAGCCAACAGUGGAGCCAGGUGGGCACCAGAAACAGCUCUCCGCAGCCCGAGGAAUCUGCGGCUGCCUUAAAUGUGGAAACAGAGUUGAAAGAGCGUAACGCGUCGUUGGAGGCGCUGGUCGCUAGGUUAGAGAAACAGCUAGCUGCAACUCAGUCGCAGCUGGAGGGAAAACAAAAAACGCUCGACCAGUUUCAAAGUUCCUCUAAGCAUGGCUGGGCUGCCUGCGAUAACCUACAUGGGCAGCUGAACGAGAAAACCCGGCAGAUUGGGAUUUUGGAUUACAAAAUGAAGAGAGAAAAAGAGAACCACGAAAAACAAUCCCUUUCUGACCGGAAGAUGAACAAGGAACUAUGUAAGGAAGUGACGGAAAUGAGUGAAGACCUGUUCACGCUCCGCAAACUAAUACCCAUCUUGGAGGGAACGCGGGAUGUAUCCAUGUUGGAGGAGCAAUUGCUCUGUGAGGAAAGGAUCCUCUCACAUCUAGUGAGAGGCGAGGUGAAACGAACUUAUGUUCGUAUUCAACCUGACUUCACAGCAAUUAUGGAGGUGGAGGUGUAUGACCGUCGUACCCUGGGAAAAAGGUUGCAAUGCAGCCUUCAUACUAGCUCGAACUAUCAUUACAAAUUUUCCCCCGAGCGCGAUGGCUGGAAGGGGGACAAAAUCAGCGUUAUGUUGCACUUCGGAAGCCUGAGCGUGCAAAGCUUGGGCGAUGAGAUUCCGAUGCCGCCUGGGUUCACAAGUGCACUAUUGCGAGGAACGACAUCCAACGUCUACUUCAAUGGUAUCGUUGGAGGAGAUGGAUUAAAGGAAGAGUUGGACGAGAAAGCGGGCAGGAACAGAAGGAACUGA